UUGCAGAAAAAUAAUACCGUAUCAAAAAGUAUAGAAAAUAUCAGUACACUGAAGCGAUUCUCGACUGCUUCCUCUGGUAAACCUCGAACAGCUGCUGUUUUAAAUCAACUUUUGCCUUUGUCAACACCACUUGAUCAUCAUUACGAGCAAUUAAAUUUGAGAUUUGUUACGGGAUAUUGGAAAUUAUAUUCAGCAAAAAGUACGCUCGAUGGCAAGUAUUCAACAGUAUUUGUCUUUGAACGUAAAAACAACGUGAAAGCACCAUCACGCUUGGGACGUAGUAGUCGUCUUAGCUUAAUUGAUCUAAUUCGUUACGAUAUUUCCCAACUUGCAUCAUUAUCUCAUCCACGGCUUUUGCGCAUUUUCCACGACCUUCAAGAAAAUAAGGAAAUGAUGGCAUUUGCUUCCGAAUGUGUCAAUGCAAACUUAGAAAAGUUUAUAGCUGAGAAUGGAAUUGACAAGCUCGAGAUCAAACUCGGUAUCUUGCAGAUUAUCGAUGGACUUUCAUAUUUGCAUAACAGUGCAAAAAUAUUGCAUGGUAAUUUAGUUCCAAAUGCUAUAUAUAUCACAUUAUCAAAGCAAUGGAAAAUUGGGGGCUUUGCAUUUUCAGUAGCUGCGAUUGAACCGAAUAUAUUUCCUUGUCUUCCAUGGACUAAGAAAUUACCAGUAAAUUUGCAACCAGACCUCGAUUUUUUGGCACCAGAAUAUUUAGCACCAUAUCAGAAUUCUGUUACAGCUGCUGCAGAUGUUUUUUCAUUGGGUGUACUCAUUUGUUGGAUUUGUACUGGUGGAAAAAAGUUGAUCGAUGCAAAGAAUAAUAUCGAAACAUAUGAUAAUUUGUGGUUUUCACGAAUUUUACUACGCUUUGAUGAAUUUCUUAUUGAUUCUUAUGACUUAUAUGCUGCCUUAUCUCGUCCGCUGUUUUACAUGCUUGAUAACUGUGAAAGUCAUAAUAUCCACCGGUUAAAACCGUGGAUUCGUCGUAUAGUUGAUCAGGCUCAACAACGAUCAGUAAGAUCAAUUGUAUUAGACAAUAUGAACAUAUUAUUCCGUCGUUUUUCUGAUGAAAAAGUUGAAGAUCAGUUACAAGAUUUGAUUGUUAUGUGCAUAAAAUCAGAAGAUGUUCAAAUUCAGGUCAAAUAA